UUCGUCCUUUCUUCCUCGUCCUAUUAUUUUUUUCCCCCACAGCCACUCCCCUUACCAAAUCUCCUUCUCUCUCUCUGUCAAAUCUCUGUCUCGGUUCCGUUGUUUGAGUUGAAUCCUCGUCCCCCCCGUCCCCACUAAUGGCUUCCUCUUCCAUCUCCUCCCCCUUCCUCCAACUUCAAUCUCCUCCAACCUCCAUAUCGCCCAUUCCCUCCCCUGCCCCUCCCUUUUUCCUUCGUCCCAUCCGAGCCUCCGUGUCGGAGGGACCCUCCGUCUCCCUUCCCCCGCCGUCUGUCGCUGCUCGUGACGCCCCCAGGCUUCCUCUCCGCAAAAUCCCCGGUGACUAUGGCAUCCCCAUCAUCGGUCCCUACAAGGACCGACUGGACUACUUCUACAACCAGGGUCGCGAUGAAUACUUCAAAUCACGCAUCCUAAAGUAUCAGUCAACGGUGUUCCGCACCAAUAUGCCUCCUGGGCCCUUGAUUGCUCCUGAUCCCCAGGUCGUCGUCUUGCUCGACGGCAAGAGUUUCCCCGUCCUCUUUGAUGUCACCAAGGUCGACAAGAAAGAUCUCUUCACCGGCACUUACAUGCCUUCCACCGAACUCACCGGUGGCUACCGAGUUCUCUCCUAUCUCGACCCCUCCGAGCCUAAUCACGGCCCGCUCAAGCGCCUCAUGUUCUUCCUCCUCAAGUCUCGCCGCGAUCACGUCAUCCCCGAGUUCCAUUCCUGCUACACCGCCCUCUUCGAGACCUUAGAAAAUGAGAUCGCCGCCAAAGGGAAAGCAAAUUUCGGAGACCCCCACGAUCAGGCCGCCUUUAACUUUCUGGCUCGCGCUCUCUUCGGGUCUAACCCCGCGGACACCAAACUGGGAUCGGACGGCCCGAAGCUCGUUCAGAAAUGGGUGCUGUUUCAACUCAGUCCGAUUCUGAAACUGGGCCUUCCCAAGCUCAUCGAAGACUCUAUAUUCCACAGCGUCCGUCUCCCUCCGUUAUUGGUGAAAGCCGACUACCAGAGGUUGUACGAUUUCUUCUGCGAGUCCUCCGGGUCCGUGCUGGACGAAGCAGAGCGGCUGGGAUUGUCGAGGGAAGAAGCCUGCCACAACCUCCUGUUCGCCACGUGCUUCAAUUCCUUUGGAGGAAUGAAGUUUUUCUUCCCGAACGUAAUUAAGUGGAUCGGCAGAGCAGGGGUGAAACUACAUACGCAGUUAGCAGAGGAGAUCCGAUCGGCGGUGAGAUCGAGGGGCGGACGGGUGACGAUGGAAGCGAUGGAACAGAUGCCACUGAUGAAGUCGGUGGUGUACGAAGCGUUCCGGAUAGAGCCCCCGGUGGCCCUACAAUACGGGAGAGCUAAGCGAGACUUGGUGAUAGAGAACCACGAGAACAGUUUCGAAGUGAAAGAAGGGGAGCUACUAUUCGGGUAUCAGCCAUUCGCGACCAAGGAUCCCAUGAUAUUCGAUAGAGCAGAAGAGUUCGUGGGGGAUAGGUUUGUAGGGGAGGGUGAGAAAUUGCUGAAGUACGUGCUGUGGUCAAAUGGUCCGGAGACAGAAUCUCCGACGGUGGGAAACAAACAAUGUGCGGGGAAGGAUUUUGUAACGUUGGUGUCGAGAUUGCUGGUGGCGGAGCUGUUCCUCCGAUACGAUUCAUUCGAUAUCCAAGCGGGAACGUCGCCCUUGGGUUCCUCCAUAACCGUCACAUCUCUCAAGAGGGCUACCUUUUAGACGCAGCCUGCCGGGGCUCACUCCUCUCUGCCCACCUUCGGACCUAAAUUGUAUCAUGUCACUAAGCCGGUUGUUUUCGCAUGUAUAUUUCAGGUUUGAGAGAAACAGUAGUAUUAUUCAUGGUUCAUUAUGAAUAUAUAGAUUUAAAUGAAUGCAUUUUUUUUG